CCUCCUGAGGCUCCUCGCGUCAGGGGGCGGGACGGUCGGAGUGGCGGGAAGUUGGCGGCUCCGCCCUCAGCCUCUGACUCCGGGGUUCUGAUCCAGAGGACCCGGGACCGGACCCAUGGACUCGGCUGAGGUGGAGUUCCUGGCCGAGAAGGAGAUGGUCACCAUCAUCCCCAAUUUCAGCCUGGACAAGAUCUACCUCAUCGGGGGAGAUCUGGGACCUUUUAAUCCUGGUUUACCUGUGGAAGUACCUCUUUGGCUGGCGAUGAACCUGAAACAGAGACAGAAGUGUCGAGUGAUUCCUCCUGAGUGGAUGGAUGUUGAAAAAUUGGAGGAGAUGCGAGAUCAAGAGAGAAAGGAGGAAACAUUUACCCCAAUGCCUAGUCCUUACUACAUGGAGCUUACCAAAUUGCUGUUAAAUCAUGCUUCGGAUAACAUCCCCAAAGCAGAUGAGAUCCGGACCCUGAUUAAGGAUAUGUGGGAUACUCGAAUAGCUAAACUCCGGGUGUCUGCAGACAGUUUUGUCAAACAGCAGGAAGCACAUGCCAAGCUCGAUAACCUAACUUUGAUGGAGAUCAACACGACUGGAGCAUUCCUCACAGAAGCCCUAAAUCAUAUGUACAAACUCCGUACAAACCUCCAUCCUGCACAGAGUGCUCAGUCUCAGGACUUUUAGAGGAAAACAUUGUAGCAAGAGAGACCUCCUUAAGUUUUGUAAGAUUGAGGGUAGGCAGCGGAAAGGAAGCUAGUUUGGUACCUUGCCCACUUUUCAGGAAUGAACUUCCUGUAGUUGGGAAGUUCUCAGAAUGUCAAGAGCACAUGUAGAUGACAAAGGGCAGAGUGUCACCCUUUCCUUUUCAGUAAGAGAAGCAACAGGUGUGAGACUGGACAUUAAUCAUCGGGCCUCCUCUCACUUUCAGAGGGUAUCUUUGGGUCCACGUUUAUUUUGCGUAGCCCUGUUGCAAAACAAUUUCUUCUCCCUGGCAGAUCCCGUUCACCCCCACCUCCCACCCCUCGCUCUAUCCUGCUGAGAUGAGUGGUGGUAGAGAAUUUAGAUACUGUUGUCUCAAGGUUUUUGACUUCACCCUUUCCUUACCAGCAGGAUGUUAUUUCUCAUUUUUAUAAGAUGCCAGUGGCACAAUAAUGAAGGUGCGAUUUAGAAUUUC